GGGUUGCCUCAUAUUGCCAGACAAGAGCUCAGACCUGAGGAGAGUGGCCAGCUUCUGUGUGUCCCAGGUGGCCAGCCUCCACUGUGGAAGCUCAUGGACUCCGUUGGAUCAGCAGGGUUGCGGCAGGGGGAAGAAGCCCUGAGUUACCCUGAGGAGGGCUUGCCCGGGCCCUCAGACAGCUCAGAGCUGGUGCAGGAGUGCCUGCAGCAGUUCAAGGUGACAAGGGCACAGCUACAGCAGAUCCAAGCCAGCCUCUUGGGUUCCAUGGAGCAGGCGCUGAGGGGACAGGCCAGCCCUGCCCCUGCGGUCCGGAUGCUGCCUACAUACGUGGGCUCCACCCCACAUGGCACUGAGCAAGGAGACUUCAUGGUGCUGGAGCUGGGGGCCACAGGGGCCUCACUGCGUGUUUUGUGGGUGACUCUAACUGGCAUUGAGGGGCAUAGGGUGGAGCCCAGAAGCCAGGAGUUUGUGAUCCCCCAAGAGGUGAUGCUGGGUGCUGGCCAGCAGCUCUUUGACUUUGCUGCCCACUGCCUGUCUGAGUUCCUGGACGCGCAGCCUGUGAGCAAACAGGGUCUGCAACUUGGCUUCAGCUUCUCUUUCCCUUGUCACCAGACGGGCCUGGACAGGAGCACCCUCAUUUCCUGGACCAAAGGUUUUAGGUGCAGUGGUGUGGAAGGGCAGGAUGUGGUCCAGCUGCUGAGAGACGCCAUUCAGAGGCAUGGGGCCUACAACAUCGACGUGGUUGCCGUGGUGAACGACACAGUGGGCACCAUGAUGGGCUGUGAGCUGGGAGCCAGGCCGUGUGAGGUUGGGCUAGUUGUAGACACGGGCACCAAUGCAUGUUACAUGGAGGAGGCGCGGCACGUGGCAGUGCUGGAUGAAGACCGGGGCCGCGUCUGUGUCAGCGUCGAGUGGGGCUCCUUCAGUGAUGUUGGGGCGCUGGGGCCAGUGCUGACCACCUUCGACCACACCCUGGACCAUGAGUCCCUGAAUCCUGGUGCUCAGAGGUUUGAGAAGAUGAUUGGAGGCCUGUAUCUGGGUGAGUUGGUGCGGCUGGUGCUGGCUCACUUGGCCCAGCGUGGGGUCCUCUUUGGUGGCAGCACCUCCCCUGCCCUGCUGAGUCGAGGCAGCAUCCUCCUGGAACACGUGGCUGAGAUGGAGGACCCCUCUGCUGGGGCAGCCCGUGUCCGUGCUAUCCUGCAGGACUUGGGCCUGAGCCCUGGGGCUUCGGAUGUUGAGCUUGUGCAGCACGUGUGUGCGGCGGUAUGCACACGGGCUGCCCAGCUCUGUGCUGCCGCCCUGGCCGCCGUUCUCUCCCACCUCCAGCACGGCCGGGAGCAACAAACACUCCAGGUCGCUGUGGCCACCGGAGGCCGAGUGUGUGAGCGGCACCCCAGGUUCUGCGGCAUCCUGCAGGGGACAGUGAUGCUCCUGGCCCCGGAAUGCGAUGUCUCCUUCAUCCCCUCUGCGGAUGGUGGUGGCCGGGGAGUGGCGAUGGUGACUGCCGUGGCUGCCCGUCUGGCUGCCCACCGGCGCCUGCUGGAGGAGACCCUGGCCCCGUUCCGGUUAAACCACGAUCAGCUGGCAGCGGUUCAGGCACAGAUGCGGAAGGCCAUGGUCAAGGGGCUCCGAGGGGAGGCCUCCUCCCUUCGCAUGCUGCCCACUUUUGUCCGGGCCACGCCUGACGGCAGCGAGCGAGGGGAUUUCCUGGCCCUGGACCUCGGGGGCACGAACUUCCGUGUCCUCCUGGUACGUGUGACCACAGGUGUGCAGAUCACCAGCCAGAUCUACUCCAUUCCUGAGAGUGUGGCCCAGGGCUCUGGGCAGCAGCUCUUUGACCACAUUGUGGACUGCAUCGUGGACUUCCAGCAGAAGCAGGGCCUGAGUGGGCAGAGCCUCCCACUGGGUUUUACCUUCUCCUUCCCAUGUAGGCAGCUUGGCCUGGACCAGGGCAUCCUCCUGAACUGGACCAAGGGUUUUAAUGCAUCAGACUGUGAGGGCCAAGAUGUCGUGAAUCUGUUGCGGGAAGCCAUUGCGCGCAGACAGGCAGUGGAGCUGAAUGUGGUUGCCAUUGUCAAUGACACGGUGGGGACCAUGAUGUCCUGUGGCUAUGAGGACCCCCGUUGCGAGAUAGGCCUCAUUGUCGGAACCGGCACCAAUGCCUGCUACAUGGAGGAGCUCAGGAAUGUGGCGGGCGUGCCUGGGGACUCAGGCCGCAUGUGCAUCAACAUGGAGUGGGGUGCCUUUGGGGACGAUGGCUCUCUGGCCAUGCUCAGCACCUGCUUUGAUGCAAGUGUGGACCAGGCGUCCAUCAACCCCGGCAAGCAGAGGUUUGAAAAGAUGAUCAGCGGCAUGUACCUGGGGGAGAUCGUCCGCCACAUCCUUUUACAUUUAACCAGCCUUGGCGUUCUCUUCCGGGGCCAGCAGACCCAGCGCCUUCAGACCAGGGACAUCUUCAAGACCAAGUUCCUCUCUGAGAUCGAAAGCGACAGCCUGGCCCUGCGGCAGGUCCGAGCCAUCCUAGAGGAUCUGGGGCUGCCCCUGACCUCAGAUGAUGCCCUGAUGGUGCUAGAGGUGUGCCAGGCCGUGUCCCAGCGGGCUGCCCAGCUCUGUGGGGCGGGUGUAGCUGCUGUGGUGGAGAAGAUCCGGGAGAACCGGGGCCUGGAAGAGCUGGCAGUGUCUGUGGGGGUGGAUGGAACGCUCUACAAGCUGCACCCGCACUUCUCCAGCCUGGUGGCAGCCACGGUGCGGGAGCUGGCCCCUCGCUGUGUGGUCACGUUCCUGCAGUCAGAGGAUGGGUCCGGCAAAGGUGCAGCCCUGGUCACCGCUGUUGCCUGCCGGCUUGCACAGUUGACUCGUGUCUGAGGAAAUCUCCAGGCUGAGGAGGCUCCACCGCAGCCUUGCUGGACCUGCGUCGGGGUCUGCCUGUUUCCCAGCCAGGCCCAGCCACCCAGGAUUCCCGGGACAUCCCAUGUGUGACCCCUCUGUGGCCAUUUGGCCUUUCUCCCUGGCUUUCCCCGAGAGAAGUAGCACUCCGGUUAGCAAUAUAUAUAUAUAAUUUAUUUACA